CAAUUUUCAUUUUGAGUCCAAAGGAGGAGAGGCUGCAUCAAUUAGUAUGAGAAACAAAAAGGUCCUUUCAUCCUCAUCAAGUGUGUAAUUAGAGUGAAUGAGAGGACAGAGACGGAGAGAGAGAGAGAGAGAGUCAGGGUUAUGGAUUACUUUCUAAAGUGUGUAAUUUGAGUGAAUGAGAAGACAGUGAGAAAGAGAGAGGGAAAGAGAGAGAGAAGGGCAGAGCUAUGCAUGAUUUUUUUUUUUUCCGUGCAGGGGCGUCAUGUUGCUGGGACUGGAGGUGGGAGGCUUUCCUGAGGUUUUUUGGGGUGUUGCAGGGCGUCACUCUGGGGCCUCCCUCUGCCCAGCCCCUUCCAUGAGAAUGAGUUGCAGGGCUGCUCAGGUCCCAAACUGGAAGGCAGUGCUUUGAAUGGAGAACGAGACUCGGGCUGCACCGGUAACAUGAGAGUCCUGCCCCUGGUAGCGUGUGCCUUCUUGGCCCUGCUCUGUCUGCCUGAUCCCGGCCGCGGAGCAUCCUAUUUUGGAGACAGUUUCUGUAAGAUACAUGCCAUCCAAGACCUCUCCAACUUCGAUCUUUCUCUGCAGUUCAAGACAAGCAAACGGAGUGGUCUUCUUCUCCUUGCUGCAGGUGUUCAGGACUACCUGUCUAUAGAACUCUACAAUGGCAAGUUACAGGCAAGAAUGAAUAUGGGGUUUGGAGAGGUAGUCCUUUCAUCAUCACAGGGUCUUCAGCUAAACAACCUUCUGGACCAUCAUGUAUCCAUCACUCUGAAAGAAUCCAAAUUCACAAUGGCAGUUGAUGACCUAUUUACCACUGACACUGAUGUGCGAGAAGGUGAAGAUGACCUCAACAUUGAUAUUGGUGUUUUCCUCGGGGGCAAAGACGACUUGGAUGCGUCAUAUCUCAACCAUGCUGUCCCUCCGUUUCGAGGCUGCAUCACUGAUGUCAAGUUUGAGUCUCAUCAGUUUGAUAUACUUGCCUCAGAAACCACAGACUGUCAAGACACAAAGGAGCUCUGCAGUGACGAGUUUGAAGCUGCCGACGGGGAGGCUAUAAGCUUCAUCAGCCCUGACUCCUUUGUUUCGUUGCCCACGUGGGUCAGGACCAGCAGUGACAUUCACACUCUUGAGCUGUUGAUGAAGACCACUAUUGAAGACGCUCUCUUGGCCUUUCAUCCUGGACGAGAGUCAGACUUGAUAGCUCUGGGUGUUGUGGGUGGGUAUUUGAAAGGGGUGGUGGACUUGGGCAAUGGCAUUGUGGCGCUUGACAACCUGAAGGUACAGCUUGAUGAUGAUCAGUGGCACAGAAUUAGAGUUCAGGUCGACUCUGACAAGUUUGAAAUGAAUGUGGACAGUCAGUCUGUAUCCAUUCCCAUAAGUGGGGAAGAUAAAUUGGACUUGAUUGGGAAUCUGUAUUUAGGAGGAAUUCAGGGCAAGAUGAAAGAUGUAUUUCGAGAGGCAAACUACUUGUCACGGAUGGAGGAACAAGUGACGUCAGAAUCAUUCAUUGGAUGUUUGGGGGAAAUUAAAGUGAACGAAAAGGACAAAAGCCUUCAGGAUGCAUUGGUCACUAAAGAUGUGCAUGUUAAGUGUGAGGGCGAGGACUAUGAUUACUCAACUUAUGACGAAUUUGAGACACCCACCACCACUGCCCCUGUUCGAAUUCGAUAUGUUGAUGUAAAUCCUGAAGAAAGACAUUGUAUCCCAACUAACGACAUGCCAGAAAUCUUCCAAAAUGUCACAAAGCUUCUUGAUUUCACAACUUUACUUGUUCCUGAAGGAGGCGAAGCCUACUUAGACAUUAACAACCUAAGCCCAACCUUUGAUAUAGCUGCAGCUGGCAUCCGGCAAUCUCAAAUCAUUUUCACUCUUGUAAAUGAUCCCUGGUACGGAUUAGUGGAUAUGAACAUCAACAGCAGACGAACAAAGAAAUUUACUCUCCUGGAUGUUGUCAGUAAGAAAAUUAAGUAUCUUCAUGACGGAAAUGAAAGGUAUGGUGACCAGAUUGAACUUGAAGUUGUAGCCCAUAGUAGUGGCUUCCUUCCAGACUGCCUGAAAACCCCUCGGCAGUAUGUCCUUCCAGUGGAAAUCAUCCCUGUCAAUGACAUCCCCCAACUGAGCAGUGGGGACAUCGCGAUCACUGCAAAUGGACGCACUCGUCUGAGCCCCAACCUCAUAAAGAUUGUCGAUUCAGACACUCGGUGUGAUGACUUGAUUGUUCGUGUGAUCGCCGAGUCAAACACACCAGAGGGAUACCUAGAGAAUGUGCAGCAGCCAGGAGAGAGCAUCAGUCAAUUCACUUGUAGGCAGUUAAAGGAUGGGCUCAUUUACUAUAUACAUAAGGGUGGGAGUGGAGCAGGACUGAAAUUAAUGGUAUCGGAUGGUCAAUCUUCUAGUGAGCCCACCACAUUUAGGCUAUCUGUGACACAACCACAGAUUAACCUUGUGACCAACACAGGUGUUCUUAUAUCUCAAGGUGGUAAUUCUACCAUUGGCAUACAACAAUUGGCUGUUUUCGUCACUCCCAGAAAUGGAGAUGUUUUAUACAAUAUCACUCAACCUCUGAGAUAUGGUGAACUGCAGUCAACCACUGCAGGUAAUGAUGUGCCAAGGAAGGUGACCUAUUUUCGGCAGUCAGAUUUGGAACAAAACCGUUUAAGGUACAUCAGCACAGACACAAGUGAUCAGGAAGAAAUAGUGACUGAGUAUGUUCAGUUUGAUGUCCAUCUUGGACAACAGUCACUGACAGACAACACCUUUCUGAUCAAGAUCACACCUGCUAAAGUGAGGGUGACAAAUAUUGUUCCAUUGGAGGUAGAGGCAGGGCAGCAAACAGUCAUUUCACAAGCAGAACUUCAGGCAACAGUGACUGGAACAACCUUGGAACUGGAUUCAAUACAAUAUAUCCUCGUGAAGCCUCCAACCCUGGGGACUCUACAGUUACAAGGCAGAGAACUCACAGAAGGUGAUACAUUCACUCAGCAAGAACUGGCAAGUGCCCAUAUCAGCUACAUGCCAACAGUCCAAAUAGCGGUCGAUGUGCCGGACCAAUUUCAGUUUAAAGUGUUAGCGGAGAAUCAGUAUUCUCCCAUGUACACGUUCCCAAUUACAAUCCUGGCUGACUCAAACACUCCAGUUUUAACCAACGAGCGGCUCACUGUCCUUGAGGGAGGGGAGAACAUCUUAAAUAAAGAGUAUCUCUGGAUUGAGGCACCCAACUUACCAGACUAUGUGUAUAAAAUUUUGCAAGGCCCACAGUAUGGUCACCUCCUUAGAGAGUCUCCACCAGGUUAUCCCAGGUUUGAAGGUGCUGUUGGAGUGUUCAGUAAUGAAGACCUGCUCUUGGACAGGCUCAUUUACAAACACGAUGGAUCUGAAACAGGCGACGACUACUUCACCUUCCAGGCAUAUGAGCAAACAGAGGGCAGUGUCAGUACUGACAAACAGGAGUCCUUGAGUGGAACUUUCAGGAUAUCAGUUCAGUCUAAAAAUGAUCAUGUGCCACAACGUGUCAUUGACAAGACCUUCAAUGUGGUGCGGAACGGAGAGAGGUUGUUGACCACGGAGGACAUCCUGUUUGACGACAACGACUCAGACUUCAAUGAUACUCAUCUGGUUUAUGUACGUGUAGGAAUUUUGUCAGGUAACAUAGUCUCCACCGCAGAUCCCUCCCAGGCCCUGUACCGCUUCACUCAAGCCGACCUGAGGGACCACAAAGUCCUCUUCGUUCACCAUGGGGCGGAUCGUGAGAGGUUCCAACUUCAGGUCUCUGACGGUUUGCACAAGACAACAGCCUUGCUUGAGAUCCAAGCUGGGGAACCAUACCUUCAUGUGGUGAACAACAGCAUCGCAGUCAUGGACCACGGCAGUACCAAGACACUGAACACAACUUUGCUUAGCGCUGACACAAAUGCGUAUGUCCAAGAUGCCAGUGAGAUUAUAUACGAGGUGACAGCACCCCCAAGUGAUGGGAGGAUCAUCGUCAGUGGAAUUGAGGCCUCACAGUUCACACAAAAGGAUUUGAAAAAGGGUGUGGUGUCAUAUGAACACCAUGACUACAGUUUAAAGUCAAAAGAUUCUUUUAGCUUCACAGUACGAUGCAAAGAACUCUCAGAAGAUGGAAUAUUCAGGAUCAAAAUCUUCAAACAAGGCUACUUGUCUGAACCCAAAGUGAUCAAUAACAAGAACAUAAUCUCAUAUGAGGGAGAACAUACAGUAAUAGCCCAAGAUCAUUUGAAGGUAGAGCAACCUGAUAUCCUGCCUACUGAAAUGGUGUAUACCAUUAAAGAUCCCCCACGACUGGGACACGUAGUGAAGAUGAUCAAUGACUCCGAAAGCACAGUGGCCCCGGUGCUGGACUUCAUCCAAACCUUCACACAGGAGGACAUCAAUAAGGGCCGCAUCCUCUACGUGUCCACCUCAGUCCAGGGCUAUGAUGUCUUCACCAUUGAAGUCAGCAAUGGCUUCACCACAGUGGAGGACCUGGAGGUGCAGAUCAACAUCGUCCCACGGCUCAUCCCAGUUCAAACCUUCAACUUCACUGUGAAGGAAGGGGGGGCCGUGGCGCUGUCACAGGAGCUGCUCAAUAUAUCCCACGCCUUCUACAGGAUGGCCAAUAUUGACUUCAUAGUGGAAGAGGCCCCACAGCAUGGAGAUAUUCGUUACCUGGAGGGGGACGAUUUUGAGCUGUCCUCCUUUACCUGGGAUGAGGUCAAGAGGAAGGUUGUCUACUACCUGCACGACAGUACAGAGACCACAGAGGACAGCUUCACUCUCACUGCAUCUGACUUUGAGAACACCAGAAGAAGCUUCCCCAUCACUUUUGGUGUCACCGUCAUCCCCAUCAAUGAUGAGCCGCCAUUACUCGAGCGCAACACAGGAAUAGAGGUUCUUGUUGGUGAAGAGGCCGAAAUCACCAAUACGGAGCUCAAUACCCAGGAUGCGGACACACCGAAAGAUGAAGUGAUUUAUUCUGUUGAAGUACUCACUAAUGGGAUGGUGGCUCUAAAAAUAUCUCCUGAUGAAAGCCUUGACAAUUUCACUCAGGCACAAAUCGACAACGGCGAGAUCAUUUUCAGUCAUCAAGGCUCGGAGUCUGGGGGCUUCAGGUUUACCGUGACGGAUGGAGAGCACACAUCACCGCUUUAUCAGUUUGUUGUCACCGCCAGGCAGCCAACCAUUACCGUGGAAACAGGAGAGGAACUCAUGGUGUUCCCAGGGACCAAACAGGCAAUCAGCAGUGGUAUGCUGAAGGCUGUGACUGAUGACAGUGGAAAUGAGCUCAGGUACUCGCUGCAGAAACCGCCUCGGCGCGGGAGACUCAUCAGGCAGAUCCAGAGAAACCGGUUUGAAGAGAUAACGACCUUCUCACAAGCAGAGCUGGAGGCUGGAAACAUCUACUAUGAGCACCAGAUGCCCGAGGAACCCUUCUGGGUUGUACGUGACUCGCUGCAGCUGCAGUCGUCAUCACCUUCGGCCUCGGCCGUCCUCCUACCCAUCACCGUGUCUUUCUAUGCCGCCGAUCACAAUGUUUCAUCUCAGCUCUGGAAGAAUAAAGGUUUAGACGUAGUGCAAGGCCAGAGUAAGGUCAUAGACAGCUCCCGACUGGACGCCUCCAACCUGCUGGCCAGCCUCCCUGAGUCAGAGCGUGGCACCCAGGAUGUGCUGUACAAGGUUAAGGAGUUCCCCGUCCAUGGCCGGCUCACUCUGGGUGGUGUGGAUCUCACACACGACGCCCCGUACUUCCUCCAGGAAGACGUGAACAGCGGUGACCUGGAGUACCAGCACGGCGACUCUGGGGCCUCCUCUGACAGCUUCUCCUUCCGCGCUUGGCUCAACCCGCACAGCAGGGGGCCCUCCAGCCCACCGCAGUCCGCUUUGGUUCUGGAGGAGAUCUUCCACCUGAGCCUCCGACCACGUGACUCCAGCCCCCCGGAGCUGGUGAGCUUGGAGCUGCUGCUGGAGGUCCUGCAGGGUUCCACGGAGGUCCUCUCCAAGCAGUACCUCAACACCAUCGACGAGGACAACACCCCUGAUGAGGUGCGCUUCACCAUCAUCAAAAGCCCCUCCAACGGCCAGCUCAUCAACACUGAUACCAAUGAACAAAUCAGCGAAUUCACCCAGGAGGACAUUAAUGCUGAUAGGGUGGCAUUCGUAAGUCACGGAAGCCUCUCUGAGGGUUUUAUGGAGUUCACAGUCUCAGAUGGCAAGCACCACACCACGCCAUACACACUCCAUAUUGGCAUUCUGGCCCACACGCUGGUGCUAACCAAACCCGCAGAGAUCUAUGUCCUGCAAGGAGAUGAUGAAACCCCCAUCACCGAAUCCAUGCUAAAAGCCAGUACUGGUGGACCCAUUGAGGAGGAGGUCCUCUACAAAAUCAUCGGCACGCCUAAGUACGCCGCUGUAAUGGUGGACAGGCAAACAACCCACGCCUUCACCCAAAAGCAAAUCAACGAGGGUCGGGUCAGUGUGCGCUUUGUGGCGUCGACGUCACCUCGGGACAGCAUACCAUUCCUGGCGCGAAGCAGAGCUGCCAACGUUUCUUCUGUCCUGAACAUCACAGUGAAGCCACUGGCGAAGAUAGCAAAGGAUCCGCUGCUUCCCAGAGGUGCUACUGUCCUGGUUGAUGGAAAGCUACUAGACGCAACUCCGCUUGCCGACAAGGCGAAGACACUCCCAACAUUCACAGUCAUCCAGAAGCCAAAGUCGGCACGGUUUGUUAAAAUGAAAGGCGAAGGGGAGGGCGAGCCUGUGAACACCUUCACACAAAAGGACUUGGAUGACGGACUUGUUGCACUAGAGAUCCUGAACAACACGGGUAAACAGGCAGGGACUGACGGUAAAGACGAGGCCCGCUUGCUUCUCAAAGCUCAUGGGGUCCCGCCUGCUGAGUGUGUCCUACCGUUCACCACUGCCCCCUACAGUCCCACAGGUGUAUAUGGAGCAACAGUCAUAAAAAACCCCAAAUUACCUGACAGCAAGGAUACGCAUCCAAGGUGGAGAGGAGUGGGCCCAACAACAGCCGCCCCAAAUCCAGGUUCACACAAGACCCCAAUGGUAUCCAGACGGGGCACCCUGUGGUCCAUCCUUAUUCCCAUAUUGAUCAUCCUCCUGCUGUUGAUUCUAGCUGCUGUUCUGGCGUACUAUCUGGUGCGCCGGAAUAAGACGGGAAAGCACGACGUUCAGACGGUUGCCACCAAGCCCAAAAAUGGGGACGUCAGUCAGGAGACAUUUCGGAAAACAGAUCCUGCCAAUAACAUUCCUAUGUCCAGCAUGGACUCAAAGGAGGCAGAUCCUGAGUUACUGCAGCACUGCCGGACAACAAACCCUGCCCUGAAAAAAAAUCAGUACUGGGUAUGAGAGCUCACCACGAAUAACCAAACUGUCCUAUUCCGAACACUCACUGUUGAGCCUGGCGCAGGACUUUUCCUCCUCUAGCCUUUUAAAAUGACGUUUGCCAUAUCAGUAUAACAGAUGAUAGAUCGUGUUUGCUCUUUGUCUGAAAAACAGAAUGAAAGAAAAAAAAAUCUGCAGUUGUCUAUUCUCAGGUUUUUGCACAAUGCAGAUUUCCACUGACUUAAAAAAAAAAGAAGGUAAUGUAAAGCUAUACACAAAUUUUGCUAGAUUUGUCUCUAUUUAUUGUAGGACAUGUUGGACAUAAACAUAUUUUGUGUUUGAAACUCUUUUUAGGUUUGUUCCUACAAUGAACUUGUGCUCUCUUAGUAAUAUCCUGUCUCACAGCUCUACAAGCAUAUUUUAGUAUUAGUUCUAAAUGUGUUGAAGUAUGUGUACAUAAAAUCUAAAUUCACAUUUAAUGUUUUGAAGUAACUCCUAUAUGUAUUAAAUGGGCAAGUUCGCCAUUUUAGUGUAUUUUUGUUUUAUUUUUCUACAAAUGUACAAUAUUUGCUUUGUCUACCGAUAUAACUUUUGAAUCCUUAGGCUAUGGGUGAUAGUAUUGCUAACACAACUGAAAUUCUCGCUUACAUCCACUGGACUGACUUAUGGCACUGAAGAAAUAUCUGCAGCGUAUGCAAUUGCAAACCACAGACAGGAAGUCACUCACCAGUGGCUGUUAGUAAUACAUCCCAAAGGGCUGGCAGGAAGUUGUGAGGUCAUUUUCAACUGAUUUUCCAGAGUUGUAAAGAAGUUGCGAUGAAGUAUUGCUCUUCACUGUUUGCUUUUAGGAGAACAUUUUCCAUGAUAGAACAGCUACUGUAUAACAUCCAUAUAUCUCUCCGUUCUUUUACAAAAUGUUGUUAUUUCUGAUACUUUUCUUUUAGACUAGUUUAGAUUAAUGAAUAACUGAAUUUGAAUGUUAAUGCUUAGCUUUGUCUAUAACCAACAGCCCAAACUUUAGUGUUAACAUGUAAAAGUGCCCUUUAAUCUGUCAUCUUUGCUAUAACCUGUGGAGACAUAGCUUUGUUUAACCUAAACACUUUUCAGUAGUGUAUGCACUCCUCAAAUAUGUCCUAAAAUUCUAAUACGGAUGUCCACAUGGGUGCAACAGAUUGUGUGCUAAAAAAUAUAAUCUUAUGAAUAUAUAUUUACUGUAUAUAUACAUAUAACAUAAAGCUUGCUGAUCUGUUGUAACAGGUCUAUCAGGCAGAAUGCCAUUUAACACUACAUUUUGAUGGUGAGAGUCAUGACAUUAAAAUAAUUUCAAAUGAAAUGGUACCAGUAUAGGCUUGCAUAGUAUGAAGUGUUAAGAUGAGUCACUGGCCUAUAAUAAAAUGUCCAGGUGGCAUAGUAUAGAGAUACUUUGCAUGUGUUGCAUAAGCAGCACUUGUUUUUGUCAUUUUCAGGAACAGGUUUUGUUUCUAUGGUUUUGACUUGUGUUGAGUAGUAGCAUUUGGCACAGCUGACUGAAAACAGCAGAAUGACUUUCUUACUUGGGUCUCUCUUUAUAAUGAAAUCGUUAAAUAGAAAUGUAUGAAAAGAAGAGACAUUUUGAUGUAUUUGAUAUGUUCUUAUUCACUUCACAUUCCUUUGUUAUGAUUUAUUCUGAAAUGUUAUAUCUUCUAGAAGUAUGCUGUUUAAAAAACUAAAAUGACACGUAAAACUACAGAGAAUAACAUUUCCUGUGUUUCUUUGAAAUAUUUUUCCCUCUCAGAUUAAGUCGGCAUAGUUGGCCUGUGCUGGUCUUGACUGUCAUAAUAAUUAAUGCUUGUAUUAUUAUGUUUCAUCAUUUAAAGUCAGAUGGAUUUUUAAGCUGUUACUAACCCCCUCUGACUGUAAUACAAAUUCUAAACAUUCCCUUAUUGUCAGAUGCAUUUGCCAUUGAGAGUCUUUCCAUAUAACUGAGUAUUUAUAUGUAUUUUCUUUUUAAAGAUUUUGGCUCGAACAAGACUGAGAUAUCUCAGGAAAUGUGUGUGUGUGUUUUAUCUGCAGUGUAUGAUAAUUCAGAUACAUUAUUCAAAGGCUAAGAGAUAGCUCAGGAAAUCAACAGUUUGUGUCUUUAAUGUGUACCAAUGGGAGUUAGGUUGUUUAUCUUGUUUUAAAAAAAAAAUGUUCAAGGGUCUAUCAGAUCUUGAUUUCUUGCGUUUGUCAAUAUUUCUUGUCUCCAGUAUCUUUAAGUAUACUACAAAAAAAACCUUUGAAUGGACUGACCCCUAAAGCAUACUCUUAAUAUUUAAUUUUACUUUCAACUUUUUGAUCGUUUUUUGACCACGUGUGGGACAUUGCCAAUGACUUUACAUCAACAGUUAUUUAUUUUUGUACUUGGCUAUGGCGGUGAGAAGGGUGCCAUCCAUGUUGAAAUUGUAACCCACCAGCUGCCGCGAGAAAGUUUGUUACCCAAACAUGAAAAAUAGAAAAUAAAGUCCAAAUACUGAAUUAAGAAAUAAAAUGGUUUUAAUUUUG